AUGUCGAACCUCAGAUUAGAUUUCGACUUCGAUUCACUACGAGACCUUCACGAAUCGGUGAACAAAUCGCUCCAUUCCUCGCACGCCAAGCUCGAGAUCGUCGCCAACCACCGGGAGAGCCUCGCGCACGACCUCUCCGAAUCCUCGCUCAAAAUGGCGGACUCGUGCGCCGCCGCCAAGGACCUCCUCCUCGUGGCCAAAACCCACCUGCAGGACCUCCAGUCCGCCUUCCGGAGAGCCGCAGACGGCGAGCAGCGGCUCUCCUCCCAACGCCUCCCGCGAAAGCAGCUGAAGAAGGCGAUCCUCAAGAGGUUGGACUCGCUGAAGGGCGCGGGCGUGGCGGAGCCGCCGCCGGAGGAGGGCGGGAGCCUGGCGGCGGUGGUGGAGGUGCUGGCGGAGGUCCGGUCGGCGAUGGUGGGGGUGGUCCGGUCGCUGAUGAGCCUGAUUGCGCUGCCGGAGAAAGGUGGUUCGGGGAGGAAGGAUCCGAUUUUCAGGGUGAGGCUGAGGAGAGUUGACAGCCUGCGGCUGUGGGAGAAGUGCGACGCGGCGGAGGUGAGGAAGAGGCUGGAAGAGGUGGAGGCGGUGGUGGAGGAGAUGGAGGAGGAGCUCGACAGGAUGUUUAGGAGGUUGAUUAGGACGAGGGCCUCGCUGCUAAACAUACUUACAACAUAG